AUGUCUCCAACGGAUGCGACUGCCGCUUCCAAGAAGAAGAACAAUAAGAAGAAGAAGGGCGCCGGAAACAAGGAUAAGACAGUACACGAUGAGCCAAAAUCGACAGAUGUGACACAACAAAAUGGGGAAUUGGAAGGCGAAGAAGAAGAUGACGACGCCCCAGCAGAUCUUGUAACGACUGCGCCCUCUAACGGUCAUGCCACGUCACCGCAACCAACUAACGGAGAUCAUCAAAGCUCUACGGACAAAGCAGCAGCAAUCCCGUCUAGCACAGAUGUUACACAAGGCCCGGAUCCAAGCGCACGACUAGAAGCCAUGUCACAGGAACGAGAAGCCCUUAGAGUCGAGGUCGAGCAGUUACGCAAGCAGCUGGAAACGAUACAAGAGACUCAUAACCAGGAGACGGUGCAACUCAAGUCAGAUUUGGAGGAAAGCGAAGCCGCAAAAGAGCAUGCGGAAGAACAAUAUCACACACUCAUGGGUCGAGUGGAGAAGAUCAAGGAGACCCUCGGCAGCAGAUUAGCACGAGAUAGGGAGGACCUCGAGGAAGCCAAUAAGCGCAUUGAGGAGCUGGAAUCACAGAGUGAAGAAUGGCAGAAUGGCAGCCAGAAGUACCAGGAGGAAAUCGACGGCCUAAAGACGGAAUUGCAAGAUGCAACUAGAGAGCUAUCCAGCCUCAGAAGUCGCAAUAACCUGUCCCAGCACAACUCCUUGAAAGAAAAGGAGGACCUACAACGGCAAUUACAGCAUUUGCGAAAGGAAGCCGAAGCAGCAAAAGAUGCCAUGGGCGAUUGGGAAGUUCUAGCCAUGGAAGAACGGUCGAUACGUGAACAAUUGGCGGAAAAGACAGCUGCACUCGAGGAGCAAGUCACUUCCCUGCGAGAGAGCUACGAACGCGCUGCUUCGGAUCGCGAUACACAGUCACAAGCCGUGGACAGUCUGCAAAGGGCCCUGCAGGAGAUCCAGGAUGCUCGCAAGAGAGAGCUUCGUGAAAUGGUGGAGACGUCUGAAGAGCAGCUCCAGGCCAUGAAGAAGGCAGUCAAGGAUGCCGAUGCCAGAGCUCAGGAGGCAGAAACGCUCAAGGUUUCGCUACAGAAAGAGCUGGAGCGGACUGCUCCAUUCGAGAAGGAGGUCAAGGAGAAGAACCUCUUGAUUGGCAAGUUGAGGCAUGAGGCCAUCGUUCUCAACGACCACCUAACAAAGGCUUUACGGUACUUGAAGAAGACCAAGCCCGAGGACAGCAUUGAUAGGCAAAUCGUCACCAACCAUUUCCUGCAAUUCCUGGCUCUGGACCGGUCAGACCCCAAGAAGUUCCAGAUCUUGCAGGUGAUAGCCGGACUCUUGAACUGGACUGAUGAGCAGCGGGAACAAGCUGGCUUGGCAAGACCGGGCGCUUCGAGCAACACCCUGCGCCUACCACAUUCACCCUUCCAUCGGACGCCUAGUACGCCAUCCUUGAAUACCGACUUCUUUUCGGAACCAACCCCAACAUCUGCCAACAAAGAAUCUCUAUCAGACCUCUGGGCGAGUUUCCUUGAACGAAGUGCUGAGGAGGGUAAGCCUGAGGAUGGGUCUAGAAAGGGCAGCGGCUCCAGUGCCGCAACAGGUCCAAUCAAGCCAGAUGCGAGGACAGGCUAG